AUGAAUCUGGUCUGGGCGUUUGGGAUUGGUGAUCCCGCCUCUCCCGUCUCCCAGCUCCGCCGCCUCAUCUCUGCCGCCGCGCCCGUCGUCUCCCCGAACCCUAGCUUCGCGGUGGAGAACUACCUCGUCGACACCUGCGGCCUCACCGGGGCCCAGGCACUCAAGGCCUCCGCCAAGCUCAACUACCUCAGGUCCCCCUCUAAUCCCGACGCCGUCCUCGCCUUCCUCGUCGGCCUCGGCCUCUCCAGCGCUCACGUCGCCGCCCUCGUCGCCAAGGACCCCAAGUUCCUCUGCGCCGGCGUGGAGAGGACCCUGGCCCCCGUCGUCCUCGGGCUCACCGGCCUCGGUCUCUCGCAUCCUGAGAUCGCGCGCCUCGUCUCGCUCGGCGGCGCCCAGUUCCGUUGUAGAUCUAUCGUCUCCAGCCUACAGUACUACCUGCACCUCUUCGGCUCCGCCGAGAAGCUCUUCCGGGCGCUCAAGUACGGCUCCUGCCUUCUCUCGUCCGACCUUGAGCUUGUGAUCAAGCCCAACGUCGCGUUCCUGGAGGAGUGCGGGCUCGGCGCUUGCGAUAUUGCCAAGCUGUGCACCUACGCGCCAUGGUUGCUUAGCACCAAGCUGGAGCGUCUCCAGGCAAUGGUCGCAUGCGCCGAAGGCAUAGGCGUGCCUCGGGGCUCCGGGAUGUUCAGGCAAGCGCUGCAGGUCGCAUUCUACGGCGAGGAGAAGAUCACAGCCAAAGUGGACCACUUGAAGAACAUGUUCAGGUGGUCGGAUGCUGAGGUGCGCAUUGCUGUUUGCAAAGCUCCAAUGGUGCUGACGUUGUCCAAGGACCUGCUGCAGAGGAAGUCAGAGUUCCUGGUCUCUGAAGUUGGGUUGGAACCGGCAUACAUUGCUCAUCGGUUGACAUUGCUCACUUACAGCCUAGAGGGCCGGCUAAGGCCCCGGUACUAUGCUGUAAAGUUUCUUAAGGAAAAUGGAUUGCUAGAUCAUGGACGAGACUACUAUGCUGCAGUUGUGCUGCGCGAGAAGGUAUUCAUGGAGAAGUUCAUAUGCCCUCACAAGAAAGCUGCACCGCAACUCGCCAAAGACUAUGCAGCAGCUUGCAGAGGGGAAGUGCCGGCUAGAUUCAGAUUUACAUGAACAAGACCAGUAUGAAAUUUCGUGACAUUUUCACUCUUUGUGUGAGACUCAAGAGAAACAUGCAACACAUGUGGUGGCUACCAUAAGCUAAGCUGGACUGUCGAAGACUCGAAGUAAUUGUUCUUGAGGCUUAAUUCAGAAGUAGUCUUCUAUCUAUUGUCGGUACCUUGCCUUGAUGUAGGUGACGGCGUGUCCUUGAUGGUGGUGCGGAUAACGAAGAGAUCGCCGUCUCCCUGGGGAUGAUCAGGAGACAACGCAGCAGCAGCAGCAGAGGGAAGCUGCAAUAAUCCUGCCAUGCAAACUCAGCAGCACAUGUUCCCAGCCCUCUAUAUUUACACAUACGCCUACUAAAAUUUUAUCAGCAACGAUGUACUAGUAUUGUUAUGUUUCCAGAGCAAACUCAGCAGCAGAGGUUUAUUUAGAUCAGCUGAAGAGGCUAAUAUACCUUCU